AUGGAAUCAGACUCUGGAUUGCAUGGCGAUAUACCCGAUGGCGCGGAAGUGUCGCCUUUAGCCGAAAGCCAACCAUCCGAUAUAAUCGCAGAUAUUUCCGAAAAUAAUGUUACAAGUCAAGAAUCAGAAGCAACCUUGGGUGAAGAAUCAGUAUCAAAUGGAGGAGCACCUACCAGCAGUAGCGACACUCUGGAUGUGGAACAAAGGGAGCAGGGAGCAGCAGAUGGAGAGGAGCAGUCCGGUGCAGAUGAAGCUAAUGCCGAAGAAGAAAUGGAUAUAGAUGAAACUGCAGCUGGUGCAGUUGCAGAUGAAUCUGCAUACAUCGGAGAUAACUGUCUGUCAACUCCGGAAACAGAAAGUCAACUAGAUCCUAUAUCAAAAGAGCAAAGUUUGGAUGAUCCGGAUGGUGCAGACGCUACCGCAGAAGAGAGUCCUGAUCAAUCUAUAAGCUCUGCUAUGCCAAUUGACAGUGGUAUGGGAGAAGGAGAUGGAGCCCCAUUAGUUCAGGAUGAUGAAUCUAGCACCAUGGACGAAGAUAUGGGAGGCGGAGAGGGCGUCGCUAGUAGCGAUGACGUUAAUGCCAUAAGUAGUGCCGCACAAGAGGUUCUCAGCACUGGCAUUAGUUCAAGCACAGCUGAAAGCGGACCGGAUAUUUCAAGCAGCGGUCAAAGUGAAGCGACUUUGAUAUCUUCUACUGCCAAUGGGCCAGCAGUAUUACAUUCAUUUUCUAUCACACCAGAACAGCAACAAACUAAUGAAUAUCUGAAUUUCUUUUCGUCUAGGUUUGGUGAUGCUGACACUUCUGAAAUGGAAGGUGCCGCCGACACUAUGCCCACAGUGAGCGAAUCAAUGCCGCUGCUCACUAUGUCAGCCAAUGGAUCGGCAUUACUUUCGCCCACAUUGAUGCAGGGCGAGGAAGGCGGGGCCGGUUCGGUGUCGUCUUCGGUGGCAGCGGAGGCGGGGGCGGAGGCGGGCGCGGCGGCGGCGGCGGGCGCGGAGGCGGAGGGGGCGGUGAGCAGCUCGGGGGCGGCUAACGGGGCGCCGCCGUUGCCGCCCACCGAUGCCGCCCACGCGCUCGCAACACUAGCGAGCGCCGCCCUCCACCACCACGAGCAGGCCGAAUCGGAAGAGCCCAAACAACAAAACGACGAAGAUGCAUGGUAUACUGUUGGUAUUGUAAAAGGAACCACAUUCACGGUCCAAAAUUAUAUAUCAGAUCCGAAUGUAGAUUUAUCGAAUUUAUCAUUGGACAAUUUGCCUGAUCUAACUGGUUUGCCGACAAGUGGCCUCGAGCAUGGUACUGCGUACAAAUUCAGGAUCGCCGCCAUCAACUCGUGUGGCCGAGGCGAAUUCAGCGAGGAAUCUGCGUUUAAAACCUGUUUGCCCGGUUUCCCUGGGGCGCCAUCGGCAAUUAAAAUAUCCAAGUCUGUGGAGGGAGCUCACUUAUCCUGGGAACCGCCUCAAGUCGCAGCUGAGGGUAUCUUUGAGUAUUCCGUUUAUCUGGCCGUACGCUCAAAUUCGCAACCUAAGGAGGCGUCCAAAUCGCAAUUGGCGUUUGUUCGUGUAUACUGCGGCAAAGCGAACACAUGCGUUGUGCCGCAGUCUUCGUUGGGAGCGGCCCACGUGGACUCGUCUACUAAACCCGCUAUAAUAUUCCGUAUCGCCGCAAGAAACGAGAAAGGCUACGGGCCGGCAACGCAAGUCAGGUGGCUGCAAGAUAUAAAAUCGACUGGCGUUAAACGAGCAGGCGAUGGACGUCUACCAGGCGCUUCACCUUCAAAGCAACCUAAACAAAUUCUACAUUAAAAUCUCUGAAGUUUUAUUUUAAGAUAGUUAUGUACAGACAGACUAAGUGAACAUUGUGCGAUUUUACGGUUAGUACUUUUAUCUAUUAUUGUUUUAUGACAUCUCACAGAACACACUUUGAUAGAUUAUGUUCUAUUUUAUUUUCACCGCUGUCCUUGUUGAUUUUAAAAAGAGACUAUAUGACUGUACAUUUCCGUAAGUGUAAAUGACUGAUAAUGAAGUGUAAGCGGAUAGACUGAAUGAUGCUGAAAGUAAAAAUGACAGUAAUUAUAAAAUUUUUGAUUAAAUAAAUAUCGUAGAAAUGAUCACAGUUUAUUUUUAAUAAACCUAUGAACUGUUAUUUUCAUAAUAAUGUGCUCGUAAUAUAUUUCUUAAGAUUAAUUUUGUUGCCUAUGUGUAAUAAGAAAUAUACGCCAAAUAAAUAUUGUGAACUAUUUGAUUCUCUGACAGAGGAAGGUGAAUCAGAAAAAAAUAACGAAAUUGCAUUUGGCUUUUAAUACUUAAUUACAUAUUAUUGAGUACAC